UUGAAAAUGGCGACCACCGACAUGUAGCGAGUUGAACAAACACUAUAAAUAAGUUAUGCAUGUCUAUUUAAAUUUCGAAUACAUUCUGGGGUAGAAAAAAAAACUUACAAAAUGUGACAAAUGAAGGAUAUAUUAAUUUCGAAGACGUAAAAAAUGGCAACUGCGGAAACGCCACGAUUAUUGGAGAGUCCUUCAGAGAUUUCAGCUGAAAUUGAUCGUCGACUUGCAGAAGAUGGCUUGGAAUGUACAGAGGAAGAGAAACUUCUCUAUGUAUGGAAGUUAUACCAGCACACAGAGACUGAUCUCCAACAGGCUCUUGAGAAUGAGGAGAAGCUCAAGAUGGCACAGACAGCUGAAAUGCAGGAAGUUGAGAACUAUGUAGAACACAUACGCCAUCUGUCUGAUGAAAGAGAGGCUCUAAUCCAAGAAUUAGAAACAGAAAAUGAUAGCCUGAAACAAGAAAUAGAGCAACUGAAGCAAGAACAAAAUGCAAGUGCAUUACGUGAGGAGACAGCUGAAAUGCUUAUCCAACAAGGCCUGGAAGAAAUUGCAAAUGUCUCGACGUCUGAACAGAUUGCCUUUUUACUUGUCGAGCGAGCGAGACUUCUUGAUGAAUUAGAAGCAGAACAAAAUAGAACAGUAACACCUUCUGUUGAUGGUCGAGCCUCGGAGGAUCUUCAACGAACAUUGGAAAAGGAAAGGACAGAAUUUGAAGAGGAAAUAACACAACACAGAGACAGUAUAAAGAAAGUAAAAGAUCAGUUGAAAAAGCAGCAUGAAGAAGAAAUAAAUGCUUUAAUGGAAGAAAACAAUAAAUUGGAAGAUGAUUUGGUAGAAUCAAAGGAAAAGAUGGAAGAGUUUCAAGCUGAAAUCAAAAAGCUCAGAGAUGAACUUCAACAAGAAAAAGAUCUCAGGGAAAAGGAAAAAUCAGACUCAGAUUCUAGAUCCUCUACUCCACGUUUUAGUGGUGGUCGACCGCCCAGUCCAGGACGAGGGUCAACUGAUGUCGCUCUACGCAACAUUAUACAAGAGAAGACUAAAAUAGAGGGAGAAAUUCUACACCUGAAAUCUGACUUUAGGAAUUUGGAAAAUGACAAUUCUCUUCUUCAAGAAAAAAUAAAGAAACUACAAGAAGAGUUGGAGGGAGUCCAAUCCUCUCAGUCACAACUACAGAUGAAAAAUAAAAGUCUGAAAUCAGAGAUUGAGGAACUAGAACAACAACUCGAGGAUACAGAGAGCCAAGUUGAUAAGAUUGCAAAAGAUAAAGACAAAUUUAAUCGUAGAGUCUUAGAAUUGGAAGAAGAGCUGAAGCCACUCAGGGGCAAUAGUCAGAAAAUACAAAGUUUACAGGAUAUCAUUGAAGUUCUUAACAAAGAAAAGAAAAGUUUGACGGAUGAACUUGAACAAGUGAAACAAGACUAUUACGAACUAAGUUCUGAAAAAGAUGAUUUAUCCAAUAAAACUUUGACUUUAACGAAAAGUGAAUUAGAAUUGUCGUCUGAACUAGAUACUUUAAAAAGGGAAGUUGAAAAAUCUAAAUCAAAAGAGGUGAAAUACAUCGAGCAACAAGAUGAACUGUCAAUGACCUUGAAACUAUUAGAUUCUGCAACCUUAGAGUUGGAGGAAUUGCAAAACAAGAAAGAAGAAUUAGAUGGAAGUACAGAAAAGUUAUCAAAGGAAAAUAAAGAUUUGUUAAAUAAAAUGGAAGUAAUGAACCAUGAACUUGAUCGAGUGAAAAACGAAGGUCAAGAACAAGCUAAACAAGAAAUAAUUACAGGUCAUUUAAAAGACCAGAUUCAGAAACUACAGAAAGAAGUUGCAUCACUUAAAGAAGAGAUUCAAACAAAAACAGAACAGGAAAAAGAAUUACAAGAUAAAAUUGAGGAAUUGGAAAGGAAUAAUGUAGAAUUAAAGCAUAAACAAGAAAAAGACACUCAGGACUUAAUGGCCAAAUUACAACUUUCAUUGACUGAAUUACAUAAAUCUAAAUCUGCUCAUGAACAGGAAGUUAAAAAGUGUUCAGAACUUCAAAAUAAAGUUCAAAGUUUACAAAAACAGCUAGAGGAAACCUCACAAAGCAGUAGUGUUUUUGAAACGAAAGCUUUGGAAUUAAAACGUUUAGAAGUGUGUGUCAAAGAUUUAGAACAUCAAUUAACAAUGAAAGGAAGUGUUGAUAGGAAAUUAUCAGAUCGUGAAAGACAGAUUGAGGACUUAGAGAGAGAAUUAGAUGAUUUAGAAGCUGUUCGGACAGAGUUAGAAGAUACACGAUUUCAGUUAGAAAGUGAACAAAAAGGAAAAUCAAAAUUAGAGAAAACAAUUCAGGAAUUGGAUGAAAUUUAUGAAAAUCAGAGAAUUGAACAUGAAAAUACACAGCAACAGUUGCUAAAUAAGAUUAAUUCUUUAGAGAGUCGUGUAAAGGAACUUCAGGAUGAUUUGUUUCAAGCUCAGGAUGAGUUACAGGCCAUUCAGGAAGAGAAUGACGCUGAAGUACAGGCAUUGCAAGAAAAACAUGAGUCAGAAUUCAAAUCUGUUCAACAAAAAUACGAACAAGAAUUGAAAUCUGUCAAAGAAGACUUUCAGAAGGAAAUACAAGAAACCAAGGCAGCUAAAGUCCAACUGGAAGAGCAUUUAUCAGCUGAAAAACACCAAAGUGUUCAUAUGCAGCCUCAGGCAGAAAUGUCUGCAGCUACCCAUAGAAUAGAAACUCAAAAAGUUGACAAUCUUGAGAAACAGAUUGAAUCAAUGAAGACAAGGCUAACUGAAGCAAACACUAAAUUAGAUCAAACAUCGAAAGAAAAAUUAAUGUUAGAUCGUGAAAACCGAUCUCUAAAAGAAACACUUCAUACAAAUGAAAAAACAUUAAGUGAACUAGAAUCAGUCAGGCGUGAACUUUCUUCUGCACUGAGAGAAUUAGAACAUUUGAGAAUUUCGGCAAAGUACAGUGGGGAAGAAAGACAGCGACAUAUGGAUAGAAUUCACUCUAUAGAGGAAUUAACCAAACAGUUGGAGAUUGACAACAGAGAGCUAGCUGCUAAGCUUUCAGACACAUUAAAUCAAGUGAAGCAUUCAGAAGAUCAAUAUAAAAGAGAAAGACAAAGAAGUACAGACAAAAACUACCAAAAUCAUCGUCAUUUGAAUCAGAUGGAAAAAGAUUUAGAAGAGGCCACUCAUCAGGUUAGACAACUUCGGGAUGACCUUCAGAAGAAACAGACAUACACCAUGAAGUUAGAAGCUGAUGCAAUAGGAAAUGCUGCAAAAUAUGAAAGUACUAUUGCCAGAUUGGAGACUGAGCUGGCGGAAGUAAAAAAUUACCACAAAAAGGAGAUAGAUAAUUUCCAGGAAAGGGUAGAUCUGGCUAACAAAGAGAACAAAGAUCUUAGAAAUCAACUCAGGGAUAAAAGUAACGAGUUAUCUAGUAGAGAACAAGAGACAAACAGAUCAAAGACGUCUAGUGAAAGACUUGAAUCUCAGUUACAGACAGAAACAAAGAUACGUACAGACUUAGAAAACAGGAAUACAGCUCUGGAUCAGGAAAUUACCAAGAUACAAGCUGCUAGAGAUGUAUGGAGUCAAGUUAGAAGUUUGAUGGAAAAGAAUGCCACACUUGAAUUGACGAAGAGAAAUUUAGAAGAUGAACUUGAAAGGAGAUACAAUAAUAAAUAUGCUGAGAAUACACUGGUACAGCAGUCUACUGCUAACCUUGAGGCUAGUCUGAAAUCUGCACAGAAUAGGGCAGAAACAUCAGACAGAAAGGCUGAGAAGCUGCAACAUGAAUUGAAUGAUGUGUCAUACAAAAUGAAAUCAGUUGAACAUCAAAUGCAUCAGGCAGAGGAUCUAAAGCAUGAUUUACAGGAGAAAAAAGAACAAGUUGUACAAUUAAGGAAUCAGAUGGAAGGAGAAAAGUUACAGAGAACACUAUUAGAUCAAACAGUGGCAGAACUCAAACACCAAGUCUCUUUACUGAGAACGAGAGAAUCUAAAGUCAUGGAGCAAAAUCGAGAGCUACAACACACGAUGCUAGAUCUUGAGGCCAAGUUGGAGGAGAUGCAUGACAGAAGCCAGACUGCUAUUGAAAUGGAUUCAAACCUGUAUUCAACAAACUGGGAUGGUCAGCAACAGCACAUGACAGAGGUUGGUAAGAGGUCAAUGAUGGAUCAGAUUGUAAGACUACAAAAGGAGAUAAAAGACUUACAGUAUGAACUGUUGACUGUGAAUGAGAGAAGAGAAAUGCAGGAACGAAAAUACGAAGAGAGGAAGAUGAAGACUAAAGUCAAACUCAUGAGAGCCAGGAGCUUUGUCUCAGAUGACAUUGUUAUGCAAAGGAAAGAGAUAUAUUCUAAGGAGAGAGCAAGGAUGCAGGAGCAGAUUGGACGAUGUGAAGAGGAUCUGAGAUUGACGAGGAAUUCUCUCAGGAAGGAAAUGGACUGGAAGGAGAAAAUGGAUAAAAAUUAUCAACAGCUCUUGCAUGAUAAAAGGGAAUUAAUGUCACAGAUUACGGACCACGAGGAGGAAAUACGGGAAAAACGCAGAAUGGUCUCGACAUUACAAGUCCGUACAAAGUUUCUAGAGGAGGAGAAUUCACGACUUCAAGAUCGUAUAGAUCAGAUUUUACAACAGAAAAAUGCUUUAGAUAAAUUACUGAAGGCAUACAAAGUUGGCAAAGAUAGAGAGAUAUCCAGAGCAAUUACUCCCGAGACUCAUAGCCACUCACACAGCAUUGCAGGGGGUACCAGUGGAAUCGGUAGUAAUGCAGACACAAGCUGGGCCAAUGAUCCUGACCAUUAUGUAGAAAGUUUAGUUCCGUUCCGUAAUCAGUCUAUAGAUAACUACCUCAAUCGAACCUACCCCUCAAGUCACAUGAUUGAUUUAUAUCGUGGAGAGACAGGUAGCGAGGAAUCGUUUGGCCAAGAUUACAGCACAUGACGACUGGAUAGAACUUUAGUUUAUUUAUAACUAUAUUAAGUUGAAAUAUUCGUAAAUGUGUUAUAUAAAGUGAUUGUUUUAUAUAAGGAUGAUAGGGUUAUUUUAUAAUAAUAUCCCUAAUAAGAUUAACACAGUAUUAAAAUGGCAGUUGGGAGUCCGUCCAAAAUGUGUUAUUGUGUAUGAUUCAAGAACCAGUCCACGUUUUACAAAAUUCUUAAGAUUAAAAGUACUUGCAAGUCAUGAGCAUUUCAGUACUACUUACAAUCAAUUUUAAUCAUAAGAUUUUUGCGAAAAGUGUCGCUGAAAAAAGGACUGGAAAUUUGCUACAGUAUAGGUUUGUCCAAAUUUUGAUAAUUAAUUAAUCUUUCUAAAGAAAAAAAAAAAAAAUAAGAAAGAAAAGAAUAUGAUAGAGUGAUUUUCCCCUCAAUUUUGUAAUUUAUUUAGCAAUAAUAUUUAAAAUGAGUGUCACUUUAAAUGGAAACAGUUUUAGAUGAAUAUUACUCAUAUCUGAAUGAAAAGAUGUUCAGUCGUUGAGUAUAAUUUGGCAUGAGAACGAUUUAGACAAAAUUAUACUGUAGUUUAAAUUUCCUAUAAUACAAAAACAAUGCACUAGUUUAAUUAUGCAAAGUAUCAGAUAUCAAAAGUCAUAAUUUGCCUUAAAAUGUACAUUAAUACAUGGUGCCAAAAACUCAUGAGGCCAACGUUAAGUUUUCUCUAAAUCAUAGAGAAAAUUUGAAAUCCAAAAAUCCAUAUUUUCAGUAUGAAACAAUAUGUUCCAAAUCAUUUACUUUUGUAAAAUUUGUCCUUCUACAUAUUUAACAUACGGGAAACCAUAUUUAUUUGUAUAGAUAUGUAGUAUUUAUUUCACAAGUGCCAUGCUUAGUUUUAUUUAUUUAUAAAAUAUGCUAAAUUAAACAGAUUAGAUAAGUCAGUAUUCAUGCAAUCAUGUAAGAAGUUGAUGUUGUCCAGAAAAAAACAAUCUCGAUGUAACUUUUUAAAUUAGAAUUAGGAGAUAUUUAUUCACAUCUAUUUAAUAAUGCUAAAUUAAACACAUUAGAUCAGUCAGUAUUCAUACAAUCAUGUCAAAAGGUUGGUGUUGUCCAGAAAAAAAUCUCGAUGUAACUUAUUAAAUUAGAUUUAGGGAAAUAUUUUUAUACAUCUAGUUUUUAACAUUUUAUAGUUUCCUUGGUAGUGUGUUAGUAUGAUUUAUCUACAUAAGAUAACUUUUCGCUUUAUACAGCUUCUAACUUAUUCAUAAUUGAAAGGUUUAUGGAAGUUGUUUUCUUAACAUUUGAAAGAUGGAUUGAAUAACUGAUAGAUUUUCCAUAAAAAUCCAAAUUUUUUAAAGUUGUUUUUUUAAGGUUUGAAAGAUGGAUUGAAUAAUUUCAAAUAUUAAUAAUAAAAGUCACAGGAAUAAAUGUUAAGCUUUUAUUUGUUUUUGGGAAAGAUUCCUCUUAUAAAACUGAAAGAAUAUAUUUAAGUUAAAAGGGUAGCAUCUCUACUGUUUUGUGAAAUAGAACUUUAUCCACUUGAAAAAUUCUUGACUUAGAUUUCAUUUAUCUAGAUGGUUCUUAUACCUUUGUAUUUUAGACAUGUUAUUCUGAAAACAAUAGAUUUUUAAAAUUUGAUAUAAGGGUUUUAGUAAGCUUGUUUCUUGAAUCAAAAUUUGUGAAAGUUCAUAAAAGUCGAAUUGGGAUUUUCAAUAAUUUUUACAAGGGUUUAGUAAUUUUCACUAUUAAAGUGAAAAUGGGAAGUAGAGACCCCUUUUGCAGGCUAGUAUGAAGUGAAAAGUUAUCUCUAUAUCAUUCCAUGUCCACCCUUCAGUCACGUCUUGUUUUUGGUAGUUUCGUUGUUCAUAGGUGAAAUGUAUUUAUCUGGGAACUUACAUUAUCAGCUGGAAGAAAAAAAAAAUAGUCAGAAACAUUCACCUGAUUCUUAAAAAUGAAAAUGGUUUAUAAAUUAAGACUUAUCAUAAUUUUCAUUUUAUUUAUAUUUAUGAAGAUUUUAUUCAUAAGACAUAAAACAAAUAUAAAUUAUGAAAUCUAACUAUUUGUGUUAGUAAUGUGGAUUUUGAUUAGACGUCAUUUAGAUAUUUUGAGGGUGUAAAAUACAUGAUUGACCUUUCAGAAUGCUUAUGGCAUUUGUUUUAGUCUAAAAAUUCAUUUAACAGCUGAGAGAUUGUAUUUACAUUACAAUAGGAAUAACUGUAAUGUAUUUUAAUUCUGGCAACUGUCAGUCUAAGAUUUUACAGUCCUAUAUAUCUGUUUUUUUGCUAGGCUAAUAUGUCACCAGAAAACAAUUUGAUAUGGUAAAAUCAGUGAUUGACAUCUACCAGUAUAAAAAUAGAACAGUUAUUCCUGAUCUUUGUAUGGUAGGUUCCCAGAUAGUCAUUGAAUGUUUUCUGCAUGCUGUUUUCAUUUUGCCCAAUUUAUUUCAAGAUUUUAUUUACAAUUUUAUCAAUAUUUGUAUAAAAUUUUAUGAAAAUAACUGAAAAAAAAGUCAGUUUUGUUAAUGGGAAUUUUUUCAGUAUAAAACAUUUGUACUCAAUAGAAAUUUAUAGUGACUAUUGUGAAAACAUAUUUACAUGUUUUUUUUUGUAAAACACAGAUGUCCUCUGUGUCGGGAGUGAAAGAAGAAAGAAGCUUGUACCAUAUUUAGACAAGAAUUUCUUGAGGGAUGCAUCAUUGAAACUUUAAAAUUACAGUCAAACCUUCCAUCAUUGAAUGUUUUUAUCUUAGGUUAAAAGGAGAGGUUUUAAUGGAAAUUGUUAACCUAUCAUAAGAUCAUGAAAUAAGAUUUGACUUUAAUUUUACACACAGAAUAUAUAAUGGUAGAUAUCUUGUAGGCUUAGUGAGUUUUUAUAAUCAAAGUCACCAUACAUCCUAGUUUUAAUUUCGAUAGUAGCUCUUUAUGUAGGAUAGUUGUAGGUGAUUUAGGUGAGCCAUCUUCUACAAAGGCGCUGUGAGUCGUAGUAACAUGUAGAUAACUUGUACUGUCACAGCUAAGCAGGAAUUAUACAAAUUCUCAAAAUACUAUCAAUGACUUAGGUUUUCCAUAUUUAUUUUUUUUCAGAAUUUAAAAUUUUUCUCCAUGUGAAUGCUCUUUCUAUAUUUGAAUAUGAGGUAUAAAUACAAAAUAUUGCAUUUAGAUUUAAAAACUAUUUAUUUUAAUUAGGCCAUCAAAUGCUGAUUUGUUUCUCUACACAAAUAAUAUUACAUGCUAUAUUAUAUGAUAAAAACAGUUUCUAAAAAAAAAUCAAGAUAUGUUCAAAUGAUUAGAAAUUUAGUUGUUUGAGGGAAUUGGUUCCAUAGUUGAACACAUUUUGUUUUACAAAAAAGGAAAAGCUAUGAUAUUAAUUUAAAAUAUAACUUUGAUUAUCUUUGUAUCUUCAUGGAAAACUUCAGAAAAGCAUAUAAUUGGUAUAUUUUUUUUUUGCUGAAAGUCUGUAGUAACACCUGACUAAUAAUUUUUGAGGGAUUUCCAAAAUAGAUAGUCUCUUCUACUUUGUAUGACGAUAAUUUUCAGUAUCAUACAGAAACCUUUAUUUUAUUAGCAUUUACCCAUCACUAAUGUAGCAUUUUACUACAUAAAGAAUCAUUAUUAACAUUCUAGUCUUAAUAAAACAUUCUCAAAUUAUUUCCAUUUAUACAUAAAUUCCUAAUAACAGUGACAUUAUUGUAUAUUUUUCAUAUCAUUUCUUGUAAAAAAUGCCAUUUUUCUGUGAAGUCACAUUCUAAAAUCUUAGAUAUUACAACAAUCAAUUUUUUUGGAAGAUCUGAAGCCAUAUUCUAAGAAAAUUCCUCGAUUUAAUGUAUUGUUAUACACAAUUUUGGAAUAUUAGACCUCUGGUGUUAUUUUGCCGUCCAUUUCCUCAUUAGAUAUGUACAUUUAUUUAUAUAUUUACCUUUGUGCUGGAAUAUAAGAUGCUAUCUUAAUGGCAGCUUUAAUGCCAAAUAACUGUGAUAUUUAUUUGUAUAUACCGUCCAUUCCAAUUUUACAGUUGUUAAAAUAACCACACAUGAUACAAAAUUUUUACAUUUUAUUAGUGGUCUGUAUUAAUCCAGAUUCAUGUUAGAACUACUUUUUUAAAGGAUUAAUACUUUUGUUACUUAUUUUUUUUCUUUGAUAUUUAUUUUGUAGAAUUUUAAAAUAUUUAAAAAUUACUGAAAUAAUUUUGCUUUUAUAGAUGUUUUUUUUUAAAUAUAAUAUAGUCUUUUUAUUUAAUUUACACUUGUUUACAAUAACAAGUUAGUGGUAAAAGUUUUUACAAAUUAGUUUUUUCUUUAAAUUUACAAUGAAAAAAAUAAUGUGCAAGACCUAGAAGUCCACAUUGAUUUUUAACAUUUUCCUGUGAUUUAAUUUUAAUAUACAAAAGUAUAUGAUAAUUAAUUGUUAGAAAAAAAGGACAUAAAAGAGUUUUAAUUUAUGUUUAUUGAUCAAGUACAUGUACUAAGAGAGAAACUGAAUAUCUGUUUUAGCAGAAUGCUUGUGAAUCAGAUUUGACUUAAACUUGGUAGAAAUUCUCAUUAAUAGUUGUUAUGAAUUUGUACAACAUUGUCUUAUUUUGAAUAAAAUGUUGAGCAUUUUUUAAAGUAAAACAUUUUUAUAUUUAUUAAAUCAUAAAAAUAUAA